AUGACCAGUCAAGAAGGUUGCUUUGCAUUCUGCUGUGGCGGUGGGUUCCCUUGUUCAUGGUUUUCUCUAGAUCAACGUGCUUCUGGAGGUGCCCAACAGCUACCAAAUCCUCCAAAUGCUGCUUCAACGCUCUGCAGUCCUGAGUCAUAUGCCCCCUAUCCUAGUGAUAAGUAUACCUUAGCUUCUGGUUGCACUGAGCUGGAUAUCCUAACAUCUUCGGUGCCCAAACAAAGUAUGACAUUUGUUGACCGUCGGGUUUUCGCCAUUUACCGUUACUGUGCUACACCAUCGCCUCUUGAUUCUGGCUCGAUAUCAGAGCACAUUGAAGAUGCCACUGUCUACUUAGAUGCAGGAUGUACAGAGAGUUUCGAGUUUCUUGGGGCAUACCCUCUGCUACUAGAAGUUGGAGCACAUGCUGUUUGCAGCUUGGAAAACAUGUCUUCUCUUGAUAUGGUUCCAUGUGUUACAUGUCUGGGUCUAUACAAAUGGAGAAUGUGUACGUCCUCAAAAAUGAAGCAGGCAUGUGGCAGUGGCUAUUUGGCAAGAGUAUGACUAGCAUAAUUCUUCUCAAUAUCGGUUCAAGUGAUGGAUUUGCUGGAAUUACUGCUCCUUUAGCCAGAAUUCUCCCAAUUCGGAUCAUGCCAAAUUUUGGGUUAUUAGUUUCUUUUUUUGGUUCUAACUCUUGGUAUUUGAUCAUGACUGUGAAUUCAUCUCGUAUGUCACCAACUUGGUUUCUUUUUA